AUGGUCCGCGUUGCUGUAAUCUCUCACUGCCUUGCAGCAUGUCUUGCAACCGUGGUCGCCCAGGAUAUACCUGUGCAACAAGAGCCCAUCUCUGAUCCUGGCACAUAUGGCACGGAAAGUCUGGAGAUAGCUCAUUUGUACUAUGAUGAAUGGCCCACGGGUAUCGCUGUUUCUAACUCUGGACGCAUGUUCUCGAACUAUCCGCCAGCUCUCGACCCCAAGAACCAGCAGUACACCGUGGCAGAGAUUUUCCCGAACAAUACUGAACGACCAUACCCCAACGCGGAAAUCAACUCACCUCCUGCUGGCCGGAUCAAUUACACCAACUACCCGCCAACGGGCACAAGCUACACCGAUCACUUCAUUGGUGUUCAAUCUGUUGUUAUUGACCCUGCAGACCGCCUCUGGGUCUUGGACACGGGAAGAGCAGCAACUCCAGACGGAACCCAAGUCCCCGCAGCAUAUGGCGGACCCAAACUGGUUGGCAUCGACCUCACCACCAAUCAAAUCUUCCAGACUAUCGUCUUCGAGCCAACUGCGGCGCCAGCAGACUCUUACCUGAACGACGUCCGCUUCGACCUGACCAUCGGCAGUGCUGGCUAUGCCUACAUUACUGACUCAUCUUCCGAAGGUGUCAAUGCCAUUGUCACGGUCGAUCUCUCCACGGGCAACGCAUGGCGGCACCUGAUGAACACUCCAUACGUCCGUCCAACUCUAGGUUUCGUGCCCAUCAUUUGGGGCGAACCGAUUUAUACCAAUGGCACGACAAAGCCCAUCGGCAAUAUUAACUUCGGCGCCGAUGGCAUCACUCUCAGUGCCGACGGAAGCACGCUCUAUUUCAGCACAACGGGAGGGCGCGAAUUGUACUCCAUCGAAACAGCCCUCCUUCGCGAUGACGGACCAUACUCAGAACUGAUUGCACAGUCUUCAGUCAAGUAUCACGGCCAAAAGGGCUUCUCUGAUGGGUUCGAGUCUGAUUCAAAUGGUGUGAUCUACGUUGGCAACAUUGAGGACAACUCCAUUGCGAUGUUCGAUGCUAGCACAGGCACGAUAUCGACAUUGGUGAGGGAUCCCAGGUUCAGCUGGACAGACACCAUGAGCGUCGCAGCGGAUGGGUAUCUCUACUUCACAGAAAACCAGCUCUGGAGACUUCCGUCGUACUAUGGUGGCGUGGAGAGGAGGGUCAAGCCAUACGUGCUGUUCAAGGUGAAGCUACCGAACGGCGGGACAAAGAUACAGCAGGCGGCUCCUGGUGGGAAUGGCACGCAGCAAGCAGCUCCUGGUGGAAGUGGCACACAGCAAAGUACUGCUGGUGGCAACGGCGCUGUCACGCAGAUCUCGGACGGGCAGCCUCAGGCACCGACAAGCACCUAA